UGCGCACAAUUCAAGUGAGAAUCCUGCUAGAAACAACUCGACGAGCUAACGAAAGAAAUUCUCAAAAAUAAUCCAAAAUGAGUUUCGAUUUGGACACAAAUCAGAUUUGCAGCGACCUGGAGAGCAACGAUCAUCGCAAGCGUGGCAGCACUCUACUGAAGCUGCGCGAGAUCUGCGAGCAUACGCCCGACUCUGUUGGCACCGAUGCCAUCGCCGCCGAGUUCGAUGAGCUUUACCUGCAUCUGCUCAAGUGCUAUGGUGAUCGGUAUGAGAAUGUGCGCGAUCGCGCCGUGCUGGCUGUGAGCGCAUUCCUGAAGCGUUUGCCGCCCUUGGACUUCCACCUGCUCAACGUGGUGUCGACGCUGGCCGAGCGCAUGGGGCAGACGGAGACUGUGGAGCCGAGCGAGGAGAUACGUCUGCUGUACAUUGAGCAGCUGCAUCUGAUGCUGCGCAAGUACGCGCUCAUGGGCAAUGUGGGCGUCUUCCGUGAGUGCUAUCCCCAGGUGGUCAAGGUGCUCAUCAAAGCCAUCAAAGACGCGUAUGCUGCAGUGCAGCGGGAAGGCUGUGCCACGCUGGUGCAGCUGUGUCGUGUGGCAGACACCGCGGAGUUGCGCCCGUUCACCGAGUCUCUAGCGGUGGCCCUCUAUGGAAUGCUGAAUCAUCGACAUUCGGCGGCCCGCAUUGCUGCCAUAGAGGCCAUAGGCAGAGUGAGUCUGCACUUGGAUGCCAGUGGCGAGGGCAUGCGACGGCUGCUGGCAGAGGUCUCUCCACUGCUCAUGGACUCGAUGCCCUUGGUGCGUCGUGAGUGCGGUCUGAUGGGGGUGCUAAUGCUGCUCGAGCUGCCGGAUCGCUAUUCAUAUUUUGAGCGUAUUCUACCCCUGGUGCUGUGCUGCCUCAAAGAUGACUCGCCGGAGGUGCUGUCGCACAUACGCCCGCUUUGGGAGAAAUGCGGCGUACAGUACUACGAAGAGAACGAGGCGGAACUCUCGCAGCAGGAGAUAGGCGAUUUGCCGGUGGAGAACUAUCCGGCCGGUGUACAGCGCCCCACGAUCGGCUGCCGGGGCCUGGUGCAGCGCUCGCUGCGUUUGCUGCAGCUCAUCACUCGCGAGACCAGUGACUGGAAGGACAAUGUGCGCCUGCACUCGCUGAAGCUGCUCUAUCAAUUCAUUCUGCACGCCGAGGCCUCCAUGACGGCCAAGUUCUUCGAGAUCUAUCCACAUGUUUCUCAUGCCUGCUGUGACAGCGAGCCCAUUAUCGCGGCAGAAGCGAAAAAGGUGGCAGAUCUGAUGGGUCGACUGCUGAGCUACGAUGCCUGGAUCGAUCAUGGCUUUGAUGGCCUGGAGCGCAAUGCACGCGAAUCGUUCCUCAAGUGUUUCUACUACAUGUUCACUGCCUCCCUGGGCGGCACUUAUGAGCACCUGCAGCGCCUGGGCAAGCUGCUAAGAUGCACGGAUUACUCGCAUACCCUCAAGCCGGGCUUUCAAUUGUACAUACUGAAAACGCUGGACACCAUUUUGGACAAGUCCAGCAAGGUGACAGCCUCAAUAGAGGAGCUAAAGGAUCUAUAUUUGAACAUCUAUGUGACCGCCAUGAAGGUAAUGGCCUUGUCCUAUGCCCUGCACAACGAGGACACCGAAGAUGUGCAGCGCGGUCAAAUGAUCUUGAAGCGCCUUGUCCAGCUGGAGGAGACUUCGCUAGCUAAGCUGCACGAGAGCUGGUUCGGCAUCGUGCUGCUCGAUGUGGAUAACCUGGAUGCCGCGCUCGACGAGAACGCCGAACCUGUCCUCCUGCUGUACGGGCUCAUUCACUUGGGCAAAAUACGAUCCACAUAUCUGCCGCAGCUCAUCGAGAAGAUCAAAUUGGUAUUUCAGCAUUGCUGCGACACGGCCCAGGUGCGCAUCUUUAGUAUUCUUUCGAUAGCAGCGCUCUCCUGGUCCGAGACUGUUACCGUGGAGCGAGAGCAAAGCACACAGCUGCUGAGCAACUUCAUCACCGAAGCUGUCGAGCCACAUUUACCGUGGAGGGCUGGUGCUCAUGGCGAGGCCAUGCGCUCCAUGGCCAUGGCGACGCUCUGCGCAGUGGCCCAAGGCGCCAAGGAGGAGGCGCGAGAAGUUCUGCCAGCGCUGGCCAAUCACAUGCCAAGCUUGCUGGAGGAUCGCAAUGUGACCACGCGUCACUAUGCCAUCAAGGCCAUGUGCUACUUCCAGGGCAUGUCGGUGGAGGCGAUCAAGCCGCUGGCCUAUGCCAUUAUGCAGCGCAUGGAUGAUCCUUCAGCCGGUAUUCGCGUCAUAGCUGCCACAGCCGUGGGUAAACUGCGUCCUGUAUUCAAGACUGAAGGGACGAAGGAGGAGCUGGAGUACGAGCAUGAGGUGUGGGAGGCAUUCAUCAAGCGCGCUCUGGAUAUUCUGUUGCUCUACCAUGAGAGUCCCGAAAAGGAGAUGCAAGCUGCUGCCCAAAGAUCCCUCAUCGAGCUGGCCAAAUUGCAUCCCGCAGCCUGGGAGGAAAGCUACCAACGCGCCCUGGGCAUGGCCAGGCGCAAGGACGAGCUGGUCGAGUUCUACGCCAAGAUGAAAAUCAACGAUGCGCAGGUGGAGACUGAAACGAAUUAGCCGGUGCUAAUGCCCUGCACCUUGCACCCUGCACCCUGCGCACAUACAUACACACAAUUGCCUUAAUUUCAAUUAGUUUUGAGUGGUCUGCUAAUUUUCUGUAGAAUUCCGAUUUGUAGCCUGUUGUGGCGUUCCCAUUUGCCCAUUUGCCCAUUUUCAUUAAUUGCCCGAUCUGUCGAAUUCUGAGUAGGAAAUUAUUGUAAACACACUCGCCAAAUGUGCCGUUGCGACUGAUGGAAUCGCAUUUAGCAUUAUGCAUUAGGCAUUAGGCAUUAAAGCAUUUACGAAUCCCAAAAAUUCACUUUGUUUAUUUUGCCACGGCUAAAAAUUCUGUUUGAUGAAUUCGCUUUAUGAAUUGUGGGCAGAUCGCGUCAG